GGUGAGCGGUGACGGCAGCCGGAUGGCGGCGACCGUAGCCGGCGCGCGGGAGCGCGGGGAGCCCGGGCAGUCGGGCGACACUUGCCGUCGGGCCCUGUACUUCUGCGGGAGUAUCCGCGGCGGACGCGAGGACCGGGCGCUGUACCAGCGGAUCGUGUCGCGGCUGCGGCGCUUUGGGACCGUGCUUACGGAGCACGUGGCGUUUGGGGAGCUGGGCGCGCAGGGGGAAGUGGCUGCUGGGGGUGACAGGCUCAUCCACGAUCGGGACCUGGCCUGGCUGCAGCGGGCGGACCUGGUUGUAGCAGAAGUGACCCAGCCAUCCUUGGGUGUCGGCUAUGAGCUGGGCCGGGCAGCUGCCCUCAAUAAGCAAGUCCUGUGCCUGUUCCGCCCACAGUCGGGCCGAGUGCUCUCAGCCAUGAUCCGGGGAGCAGCAGACGGCUUGCGGUUCCAGGUGUGGGACUAUGACGAGGGAGAGGUGGAGGCCCUGCUGGAUCGGUAUUUUGAGGCUCAUCCUCCCGAGUAGGUGGCUUCUUCCCUCGGCCCAACCGCUUGACUGAACCCCACUUUACCCAAUUCUUCUGAUCCCAGACUCGGCUGUAAUACCAUCCCUGUCUUUUAUCCCAGUGCCAAAUUAAAAGAUAUGUUUACAGUUCUGACUUUA